CAACCCAUCCUCACUGACCAUCUGGAGCACACGGCGAGAGGAAGCCCACCAAGGCUCAUCGUAACAGCACUCUUCACGGGUGGCUCGCUCAGCUCAUGAGAAAAUGGACACAGAAAGUAGUAGCAGGGAAGGUCUUGCUUUCCCAAUGCCACAAAGCCCCUCCAGCGUGCCCCAGAUCGAACUUUCGGAAGUAUCUCUCCAUGAUAACGCCUUACGGGAGGAGGCUGCCUCAGCCCCACCAAGCCGUACCUGGCUGAGGUUUUUGAGGAGGGAGCUGGAAUUCCUGGGGGUAACACAAAUUCUGAUUGCUUUGAUAUGUCUUUGUUUUGGAAUGAUCGUCUGCUUUGCGAUCAAUGUUUCCGAAUUUAAGGAAGAUUUUUUUUCAUCAUUUAAAGCAGGCUACCCAUUCUGGGGAGCAAUGUUUUUUGCUAUUUCCGGAUUUUUUCCAAUUCUGUCUGAAAAGAAAUAUGCCAUAUAUCUGGUGUGGGGAAGCCUGGGAGCAAACACCGUCAGCAGCAUUGUUGCAGGAAUAGGAAUCUUCAUCCUGACCAUCAACUUGAAGAGUUGCUGGCCUCAUAUCUACAACUGCCAGGAAACUCAUGGAGAUGACUUCUGCUUUGUGGCUUGGUUUUCCACCGAGAUUGUGGCAAUGAUCCUGUUUCUCACUGUCCUGGGGUUUUGUAGUGCUGUGUCACUCAUGAUCUAUGGCCUUGGAGAAGUAUUCCAGAAAAAGAAGAUUCCAGAAGAUCGUCUUUAUGAAGAAUUAAACAUAUAUUCGCCAAUUUACAGUGAGUUGGAAGACAAAGGGGAGACAUCUUCUCCUGCUGAUUCAUAAGAAUUAUGUGUUCAGAACAUUCUGACUCACAGCAAAAGGUCUAGAAAAAACCAAGAUCUUUGUUUAAGGGGCUACCGACAAAAUUUCAAUUCUCUCUAUGGUCUGCCAGUUUUACAUUAAGAUUUAUUCUCCAGAUGGUAAUACUCUAUCUGUUGUUUCUGCUCACCUAGACUCCCCCUGCCUCACCCAUUUUUAGAUAUGAUUGACUCCUAUUUUUCUUGUUUUCUAUUGCUGUCUCGUACCUACUUUUGUGGGAAGUCAACAAAUAAUCAGUUAGCAUUUACUCUGUGCCUAUAAUGGUGCAAAUAGAGGAAACAAGAGGAAGUCUGGUUGAGAGAUGAGUUAAACUUUGACAGUUCGGUCAUGUUUGGUUCUUAGCCCUUUUCAGAGUUCGUAAGGGCUACAGAUGUGCGUGAUAUAUGUCCCCCUACUGGACUGUAAGCACCUAAAGGACAAAGCCCAUUCAGCAAAUGUAUACUGAGGACCAAAUAAGUGUUCUAAGUUUUCCACACUUGUCUCUUUCGCUUCAUGUUUCCCAGUUUCCUAUAUCACGGGAGCUCAAAGUGUAUUUAUGGAGUGGAUGGGGGAACAUUCGGAGAAGAUAUACCACUGGGUCAGGUGCCAGGUUGAGUUGCGAAGAAGAAAGAAAUUACUUUAAGGUGAAUUUGGAGGUGAGAAGGAGGCCAAUUGGCAGAUAAUUAGCAAUAGGAAUAUAGUCAGAUGGAAAUUUGAAAAGAAUUCUAUUCUAUUAAUCAUUUUGGUGGAUGUUUAUCACAUCAGCUUAGCAAUGGAUGCUUCCUGCUUAUGUUUGAUCUUAUGUGGAGAGUCCAACAUGGAAUCUUAGAAGGAUCACAGAUCUUAGAAAAUGCAUUGGAAUCCGAGGCCUAUUGCUUAUUAGUUGAGUGGGUGUGGGAAGUUAUUUAAUUUUUUUUUUUACUUAAUCUGGUUUUUCUCAUAUGUAAAAUUAAGACAUUAGGAAUAAUUUACCUGCCAGGAUUAAAGGUCUAUUGUGGGAACACACACACACACACACACUUAAAACUAACUCAAAUGGCCCCACUCUCUAAUUCCACUUCAAUUUUCUCUCUUAAAUACACUGUUUGACCAUCUCGCAUCAGCACCCCAACUUGAAAUGUUCUGUCAUCUCUUCUGUGCUUGCUUGAAUUUCUUCUUUCUUCAAUCCCUACUUUAAGUCCCUCCUCAUUCUUUAAGGUUUUCCAGUCAAAAUUGUUCUUUUCUCUAAAUGGUAAUUUUUUUUUCAAACCAAAUACUCACACACACACACCUUACACUAUAUACAACUU